AUGAAACGCUCUAGUUACGAUCCUCAUCAAGCGGAUUCAUCGAAACGUUCGAAACCACAGAUAAAGACUAAAAAACCUGAAGAAGCAGCAGUGCAAAUUACCGAAUCUCCAGGUAAUUCAAAUGCCUCCGAAGGAAAUCUAAUCCCAAUCCCGCAUGUGGAAAGCACCCACCCACUACCGCCACUAACACACAGUGUGAUGUUUUCAGAGGCCAUACGAGCCGCCUACAAAGAAGUAUUCAGCAGUGAGAAGAAGAGUCAUCUGCAGACUGGAUAUCGUAAACGAUGUAUCCAAAGUUUGGGAUUGACAGCCUCAUAUCCGGAAGCGAUAUCGUCACUGGACAUCAUCUCAUUGGUGCCGAAAGCUCUGCGCUCGGACGCAUCGCUCACAAUCGAGAUCACUCGUAAACUGGCCGAAGCAGCACGCCAACGACAACGUAUCAUACGUGCAAAAUUCAUUUAUCGUAAAAAACGAGCCAAGUUGGUUCACAUCUUUGAGACGUUCUCGCUGAAAGAUGAUUUGAUGCGUGAAGUUUGGAAGGUGAUCGAUGAGACGAGGCACGAGGAGAACUGGAAGGGCAGCAUGCCUGCGGCUACAUGGUUCCUUCAAAGAGCCAGUAAAUUCUUACAGCAAUGUGAUGACGAAUUCAACGAAUCAGACGAAGACUGUGAGAUUGUCGGUGAAGCGAAUCAGUUGGACAAUGAGUCAAAUAUUUUUGAGGGUUUCAAUUUGGAUCAUUUGAACGUGCGAGCAACUGCGACAGCAAAUGCGAUCGCAUUGGUGAAUGAAGACGGAUCGUAUUCAGCAGCAGGAUUGAACGAGCGAUUGAGGGAGGGAUUACGCGAUUGUGCUGGUGCAUCUUCAAGUGCAGAUUCGGUGGUGAACCAACACAUCAAGAUGUUACUGUUCGAUCAGGACGACUAUUCAGCAAUCAAUCAUGAGCCAACAUCGCAAUCCUCAUCGUCCAUCCAUAAUCAAUCACAAGAUUCACCUAACGAUCCAAAUCAACUAAUCAAUCGAUCUGUCUCUGCUACUGCUUUUAUAUCACCGUCUGAAGGUGUUGUCGAUCCUCCAUCACUUCAAGCUGACCAAAGGUCUGUCUGUGUUUUUGCAUUGGACGGUCCGAAAUGUAUGGACUCAACAAUAGUAAACGAACUCGAAUCAAGUUUCAGUCGUAUGGAACCGACGGAUGUGCAGCUGUUCAUGAAUCGUUUACAGCAGCGGGUCAAUCGGCAACUUGCCGAACGUGCUGCUCAAAUGAUGAGUUUAUUAGGUGAUCACGAUCGAUACGAAUUCAUGAAGCAACUCCAAAAAAUGUCCAAUUAA